AUGCGAAUUAACCUCCUUGAUACUAAUGGUCCAAUGGGAACAAAGUGCCGGAAUUUUGAGAUCGCCACCAACUGGCCGUUUACCCUACUCAACUUUCAAGCCACCUCGGCCAGCAUCAGCAUUCCCGCCUACUCCGACGAGAUGUUCCAGUCCGCUACCUACCAGUCGACCUGUGGAUGCCCCGACGCCAUGACCAUCCUAAACGAAACCUGGCCACAAUCUUUCCUUGGAACAAUGGCUGAUGUUAGCCUGGCUAGCGGGAAGCUCUCCUCCUCGUGGCGGGCUACACACUUUGCCUAUGGCCAACAAGGCCUACGAUCCUCCGCUAAGGCAGCAGGCGUCCACUGCCCGAGUCGAACUCCCCACCUAUUGCGAGUACCCAUCUUCAACCCUCCUGCCUUCGACAACAAUAUCACACCACCACCAGCCCCCGAACCCGUCGACGAAACGCCCAAAAUCGGCGCCAGGACACCCCCACCGCAUUAUGACGACGUCGUCAGCACCCCUAGUGUCGACGGCUUUGCAGAUUACCUUUCCUGCCUAGCAGAUUAUGGCUUCAACGGCCCAGACGAAGACUGA